AUGGAACCACAAAACCGGCAUCCAACCGAGAAUGGUGGAAGUAACAAAGCAGCCGGGAGUAGUGCUAACAUGCUUCGCAGGGAGAACCGUACUAGGUGGGUUCCCACUACAGAUCAUAUAAGAAUCCUCAAGGAGCUUUUCUACAACAAGGGAGUUAGGUCCCUAACUAUAGAGCAGAUUCAGAGGAUCUGUCUCCAGCUGAAAUGGUACGGCAAGAUCGAGUUCAAGAACGUCUAUUUUUGGUUCGUGAACCAAAGGGCUCGGGAGAAGCAGAAGAAGACAUCCACUUCGGAUGUUCAUGUGCCCAUGCAAAGAUCAGAGCUUACUACUUCCGACGGAGGUGGUGAUCACGGUGGUGGCUCUUACAUUUCUCUUGAGCUCAGUCUUUCCUGCGAGGGCAAAGCUGGAAAAAGUUUCCGGAGCCGCUGA